AUGGUUCGUAGUCAAACAAAGACCCUUCUGCGGCGGGAGCGUCAACUCCGCUACAUAGCCACGGCCGCCCACUGUUUGUUCUCGCGGAGGAACAAGCCCAGGCCCGCGACGCUGGUUUGGGUGAGAGUUGCCGAGCGCGAUGUGGAUUCUGAGGAGGACGACCUCGAAGGAGUCACGCACAUGCUGGCGCUGGAGAGCCACAUCGUACAUGAAGGCUUUACUGAAGAUUACUUCAACAAGGACAUCGCCCUCUUGCGUCUGGAGGAGGCCCUGGACCUCACGUCGCCCCCGGAGGUCCGACCCGUGUGCCUGCCCUCGGACACGACGAAGGUCCACGAAGGACAAAUCGGAAAAGCUAUCGGCUGGGGAGACACGUCCAACGGGAAGGACAAAUACCGCAGCGUCGUUCGAGAAGUCGACAUCCCCAUCGUCGAGUGCGGACGCAAGAAGAUAGCCGGUGUUUUGAUCACACCUCUCACGCUCUGCGCAGGUUUGAAAAGCGGCGGCAAGGACGCUUGUUACGGCGACUCGGGGGGCCCUCUCAUGGUGAAAGAAGGCGGGAGAUACACCCUGGCGGGGAUCGUCUCUUUCGGCGACGAGUGCGGCACACACGGGCGUCUACACGAGGAUUACUGGCAUUCUGGAAUGGAUCAGCACCAGCACUGCUGA